CUGAGGUGUGUAGAAGCCUGACUGUGCUGGUGUGUUUGUACUGCUGUAAUUAUAAAGAGAAGGUGUUUAUAGCAGCAGAUUCCUGCAGCAGCUCCUCAGACUGAAGGAGAGAGGACACAGAGACAGGUAGCUGUGAGACUCCACUGAGAAGUUUCUGGUGUGGCUAUCAUGGAGAAGCUGGUGCUCCUGAUGCUGUUGCUUGCAGGAAUAUGUGCAGUUGCAUCCGGCCACUUCAGAAAAUACCACUUUGUGGAAGAUAAAAAGAGCUGGUUUGAUGCUCAGAGCUACUGUCGAGAGAAGCACACAGACCUGGCCACCAUUGAAAGCCAGGAAGAAACCGAGAAAGUCUUAAAUAUUUCAGCUGGUUUUACUGAUGCCUGGAUCGGCCUGUAUUAUGACAAAGAGAACUGGCAGUGGUCCAAUGGAGACAAUGUGAGCUACUACAACUGGACAUCCAGUCUCAACUGUACUAGUGUCGAUUCAAAAGGAGAGUGGGUGGACUCAGACUGUCAUAGUAACAGAUCUUCUUUCAUAUGCUACAAUGACACCAGAGAGAGUUAUAUCCUGAUUGAUAAACCAAAAACCUGGUAUGAAGCUCAGCAGUACUGUAGAACAAACUACACCGACCUCGUCAGUAUAAAGAAUAAUGAUGAAGAUAAGAAAAUAAAGGAGAAAGCAAAUGGAAAUCCUGUCUGGAUAGGUCUGUUCAAUAAUCCCUGGAAGUGGUCACACAAAGGGGAGUAUUCCUCUUUUCACAACUGGUACAAAGGGGAACCAAACAAUUUAGGCAAUAAUAUCUGUGUGGAGAUGUAUGGUGCAGCGUUUAAGGAAAGAGGUAAAUGGAAUGACGCUGGAUGCAGCAAUACCUCUCCCUUCUUUUGCUAUAAUGAAUCCUGUACAGACGCUUCCUGCACUAAAUACCACUUUGUGGAAACAGCUAUGAACUGGUCUGCCGCUCAGACACACUGUAGAGAUAAAUACACAGACCUGGCCACUGUCCACAGCCAAGAGGAAGCAAAGCAACUCUUAGAUAUUUUAAAUAUUAGUGCCUAUGCCUGGAUCGGGAUGUAUCGUGAUUUCAGUGAGAACUGGCAGUGGUCCAAUGGAGAUGAAAUCACCUACAACAUGAGACGUGCCAAACUCUUCUGUGCUACAGUCAAUCCAGAUGGAGAUUGGACUGAUUCUGUCUGUCAUGAUACAAAACAUUUCAUGUGUUAUGACAGUAGUAAAGAAACCAGCGAGAGAUAUAUCCUGAUUGAGCAACUGAAAACCUGGUAUGAAGCUCAGCAGUACUGUAGAGAAAACUACACCGACCUCGUCAGUGUAAAGAAUGAGGAUGAAAAUAAGAAAAUAAAGGAGAAAGCAAAUGGAAAUCCUGUCUGGAUUGGUCUGUUCAAUAACCCCUGGAAGUGGUCGGAUGGGGGGGUUAAUUACACACUUCAGAACUGGUCAGAAAAUCAACCUGACAAUCAUGAAGGCAAAGAGAAAUGUGUGAUGAUUCAAAACAAAACUAAUAAGCUUACAAUAAACGAUGAUCCAUGCAGCACAGCACAGCCCUUCUUCUGCUAUGACGAUCCAACCCCCUCAGUCCCACCUUCUGCAACAGCCUCUAAAGAUCACAUGGCAAUUGCAAGGGUUAAAUUGACCGCACCAAGAGGAAUGAAUCUUGAAGACCCCAAAGUGAGCGAAGCCAUUUUAGAGCAGAUUCGGGAACAUUUCUCCAAGAAGUUUCCGAUGGACGGUGUUAACAUGCGCUGGAGAAAACAAGACGGAGAGAUUUUCCACAAGGAUGUGGAAGAGGAGGAUGAGGAGGAGUAGGAGGAGGAGGAGAAGUGCUCUGAUCCGUGAGAGCACAGGCAUCGCAAGUGGGGGUUCAGGGCAUUUUGCCAUUGAUCUCUAUUAUAAAUAAAUUCUAGUCAAAGGCUUUUGACUGUUUUGAUUUUAAUAUUUAAGUAACUAUACAUAAUAUAAUCAGGUGUUCAAAUAAAUAUAAUUGGGAAGUUCAGAAAUGUUUUAAUCUGCAUUAAGAUCAAUAUAAUACUAAAGAGAUUAAACAGAUCUACAUGAAUAGUAGGGUCUGCAAACAGUAUGCGUUGCAAAUGCAUCGCUUCAUUUCUGUAUAAGUUGUAUCACAAUAUUGGUGUUCUCCUGCAGAUUGAGCAUGUUUCUUUGUACCACAUCAUGCUCCACAUGUUAUCAGAUCUGCAUUUAGAAAUACAGCUCCAAUUUGAAUCCCUGAAUAUAAUGUAAUAAUGCUAGAACAGGUUUUUGAGGUUGUGGUUUAGUUUAAAAUGUAUUUUAUAUUAUGUCCUAGUUUUAUAUUAAUGUGUGUUUUUUUCUGUUAAUUUUUCAUUAUAUUGGUGCAAUUCAGAUUAUUAUGAAGGUGGUGGUGGGUGCAUUUAUAAUAAAGUAGCAACUAUAUCCUUAUCAUUUCUAUUCAGGGUAUUGAAGGCAGGGUGUGUUUUAGUGUCACUGCUGGAACACUGGUUUAUAUUAAGGUGGUGGUGGGUGUACGUUUUCAUUUAUUAAUAAUUCCACGAUUGUUACAUUAGUUACUGGUGCAACUACAAUUUAUAUUAAGGCAUUUGAGUGUGUUUUAGUUGUAUCAUUAAGGCACUACAACUGUUGUGAUGUAAAAGUUUCCUUUACAAUAUAUAUGGUCAAGACUAUUUGAUAAAAUAAAUGAAUUGAAGAUAUAUUUGUUAUUAUUAUUCAUACAGUACAUGCUAGACAUACAUUGAUAACGCAUUGAGAGAGAGACAUGCAAUAUGGUGUUGAAAAAGAACACUUUCCAAUGUGCAGCCUGCUGGAUGCAAUGCAACAUGUUCAAAGGUGUCUCUGCUUGAAAAUAAACAGAUCAUGCACAGGGCAAGGAAACCAGUACAUUGUCACAAUUCAUAGUCUGUAUGUUUUCUGAAUUAUUACAAUAAAGUUUUUA